UUAGAACAACCCCUCUUCACAUGUGGCAGAUGUGAGCUGAGAGACCCAACCAACUUGAAGAUGCUUGCUAUUUUUGCAGUGACGUUUGUAGUAGCUUUGAUAGGGGCAGUGGUUUACUUUUACUCUGAUGGUUCAAGAAAGAGAAAGACAUCAAUUCCUGGUUUGGACCCGACAGAUGCAAAGAAUGGUAACUUGGCAGAAAUGGGUGCCGAGGGUACAGUGCACGAGUUUCUUAUGAAGCUGCAUAAGACAUAUGGAUCUAUUGCAUCCUUCUGGUAUGGUAAAACGUUCACUGUCAGUAUAGCGUCACCAGAGCUCUUCAAGGAACACAUGGGGGUAUUUGAUCGACCUUGUGAAUUGUUUGAAAUCUUUCUGCCUCUGUAUGGAAAGAGUUCUGUCGAGUUUACUAAUAAAGCUGAGGGAAAGAAAAGGCGCAUCAUGUAUGACCCCGCAUUCGCACAUACUAGCCUUGGAAAUUACUACGGAACAUUCAAUGAGUUGGCUCGUGAGUUAGUGCAGAAACUCUCCGCUAUUCCGAAGGACGAGCACGUCUCGCUGAUGCAUCACUGCCACAUUGUUGUUAUCAAGGCCCUGACUCGUACAUCCUUCGGAAACUACUUCGAUUCUGAAGAGAUUGUUAACACAUUUCGUCAAGCCUACAAUGAUUGCUGGUAUGAUAUGGAGAGGAGCCUCACUGAAGGUCUUCAUGUGAAAGGAAGCGACCGGGAGAAGAAGUUUAAUGAAGCUUUGGAGGUCAUGUAUGGUAUUGUGCGCAACGUUAUGAAGGAACGUAAAACAAACCCCACAGCCGGACACCAACGUUUUAUCGACGUACUCCUUGAGAAUGAACUACCAGAAGAUCAGAUACUAAGCGACUGUAUCAGCUACAUGGUGGGUGGCUUCCACACCUCUGGAAAUUUGUUGCUUUGGAUUUUGUACUUCUUGGCUUCAAACCAGGACUGCCAGGAGAAGUUGCAUCAAGAGAUCAAGGAGGUUCUUGGUGAUGGGGAGGUGGACAAAUCAAAUGUGAAGGACAUGAAAUACCUUCGUCAGGUGAUCAAUGAGGGACUACGUGUGUCUGUUCUGGCCCCCUAUACUGCUCGCUUUCAGGAUAAUGAUAGUAAGCUAGGGGGUCAUGUCAUCCCAGGAGGGACUCCUGUGUGGCACGCUCUUGGGGUAGCGCUGAAAGAUGAAGAUCUCUGGCCUGAGCCCGAAAAAUUUGAUCCCGAGCGAUUCAGCGUGGCCAACUUCACCCCACGCCACAAAAUGGCUUUCCAAGUAUUUGGCUUUGCGGGGAAACGUGUUUGUCCCGGGAAGUUCUUCGCCUACGCCAAGAUGGCUGUAUUUGUCGCCCUCUUGUGCCGGGAUUUGAAGUUCAAUCUUGUGGAGGGGCAAAACAUUGAGCAAUUCUACGGCAUGGUGACCUCCCCUAAGAGCGAAAUUUGGUUCCAUCUCGAGAAAAGAGGCUAGGCUCGGUCCAGGGGUUCGGGUAACUCAAGCGGACAAAAUAUCCGCAUUGACAUUCAAAUCUGAUAAUAAUUAUUAGCAUAAAACCUUACUUGGUGACGAGUAAUAGGGAGAGGUUGAUAGUAUAACACAUUGUUA